AUGUCGUGGGUUCUCGAGCUUGCUCAAACUGGUAGGCAUUUGACCGGUUUGCCGGGAGCUUGGAGGUGCACUGGUCGAAACAACGAAGAGAUGGUCGAUAAGUUAGUGCAUAUGGGUGUUAUAAGCAGCAAAGAAGUAGAGGAGGCUUUCCGAACGGUUCCUAGAGGGGCUUUCGUUCCCCCAGACUUACAGCUGGAAGCUUACAUUGAUUCGCCUCUUGUAGGGGACCCACACGUACAUAUGUCUGCACCACAUAUGUACGCUACUGUCCUAGAAGCCCUAGAUUUGUCUCCAGGUGGGAAGUCUUGCAAUCAGUUUUGUGUGUGCGUGAGUUUCUGUGCGAAUUGAUCCUUUCUUCAUCGAUUACGGCAGAAUCACAUAAUUGUGUCCCGUUUGGACAAUGGAGGUUAAGUCUAAAAGAUAUAUUUUGAUGACCAACUAUCGCUUAAAUAAUUGAGAUAUUCUCGUCCUUUUGAUAUUCCGCUUUCAGUUUCGAAAGUCUAGCCAUCGGCUGCGACAAAAUUAUGAAAUGAAUUUUUUGGCAGAACAGUUAUUUUUCAUUAUUAGAACCCAUUGUAUCUGAGGUUAAUUACAAACAGAAUCUAACUUGGUCCUGGACCUUUUGUUUUUAUGUACGUACAAGCACCAGUUUGAUCAAUAUUUCCUGACAGGAAUCAAAGCUGAACCAUUGUGAAUGCCCCAGUCUUUCUUAUUUCACCUAUGUAUUUUUGAUUACCUUUAAAUAGUUUGCACUUCUUAAUUUAAAUGCUAGAAAUGCGAAUAAUGACCAGCAGUCAGUGACAUGUGAUGCGUUUUUUCGACGGCAUGGGUCUGUUUCUGUCAAGAGAAGGGUUAACUUACUACUCCUGUCUUUGAAUUUGUAAUGGCUCUGUUAGAAAUAGAUCACUGUAGAUGUACAAAUUGUAUUUGAAACACUUUUUGUAGAGCAUCAAAUCACUUCAUGUAUAAAAUACAUGGUAGGUUUAUAUUGCCCCUCCCCCCCUCCCCUGGGCAAUGGGUUCUGCAAACUGGUUUGUUUUGUCAUUUUAUGUGAAAACAUUUACAUUUGUCUUACUGUAAGAAUACAACCCAACAACUCUAGCCAGUGCUAAAAUACAAAUCUUUCUGUCUGCUUCAUCUCACAAUUAACCUCAUGAUUGCUAAUAAUGAUCAUGAUAGUUCCCUGUAAGCACUAAAUUAAACAUUUCUCCAGUAAUUUUUAAUAUUCCUGUCACUGAGUUCCCAUGCAUACUACCAUUCUACAUGCUAAACAAAUUUGCUUUAAUUUUUAUUUAUGUUUUUCGCCAGGUCUGUCAUUCCUCAAUAUUGGUAGUGGUACUGGUUAUUUCUCCUGCUUAGCUGGUUACAUUCUACAAGCCCAUGGUGUCAGUCAUGGAAUUGAAGUUCACGAGGAUCUUGUACAAUUUGCAAAGGAAAGAGUGGAGGAAUAUUUCCGCUUCUGUCCUUCUGUAGCAUAUGACAUUUGUCCUCCCAAGUUUAUUGCAGGAAACUGUUUUCGGUUGGAUCCAUCAGGGUGCUGCUAUGACAGGGUUUAUUGUGGGGCAGCUUGUCCAGCUAAUAAAGUUCCCUUCAUUUUGGGAUUAACCAAAAUUGGUGGCUUUGCUGUCCUUCCUUGUAGAGAUCGGGUAUGGCUUUUGUCUAUUGACUAGCUAUUGACUACAGACUGAGGGACUGAAAGACAUGAUAAAAAAUUGAAAACAGAACAGAAACCACCACAAGAAUUAUGAACUGAAGCCAAACUGAGUUCUCAGCCGAUUUAUAUAAUUAUAUGCAAUAACUUUGAAAAUAUAGCUGUUGAUAUAAAGGGAGUGUGUUUCUUAAAAUAGUAUCAAAUUUUGCAAGGUAAUUUAUUGUUACUAUGACAAUUGAAAGUAAUUGUUCUAAAAUAAGUGUGGUUUGAUAGCUCAGUGUUUUAUCAUUGUACAUUUUCACUUGGAAUAUGAAGGUCUGAAGUUCAGUUCCUCUUGAGGAGUCUUUUCUUCUUUGUACCAUGCUUUUGACAAGACAACCAUACAUCUUUCUUUAUUUAUUACUAAGCUUGAAAUGUACCAUCUUUCCUUUUCUAUUUAUAACUUUGUUCUGUUUCAAUUUUUUUUUCUUUAGUUACUAAAGAUUGAAAGGAUUUCUGACACAGGAGUAAAACAGACAUGUAUCAGUGAGGUAUCUUUUGCUCCGCUAGUGAUGAUGGCUGAUAGUGAGACUGAUGCUCCCAAGCUUAACUUUCCAAAGGAAAAUCCAAGAAAUAAACCAAAGGUUUGUAUAAGGAAAAUUGCAGUAUAUUUUUUAAUGUAUGCUUCCAUUUCUUAACCCUGUAACUCCACAAAAAUAGGAUUGUUAAUUCUCCCCUCUAUUUGCUACACUGUACCUUGUUAAUUAGUUACUAGAAAGAGAAAAAUUAUAAGAUUCUAGGUAGAUUUACAAGUAUUCAAAACCAUUAGUGAUACAGAAAGUUGUGUAGUUAGCAUUAUUUUUUGUGAAAUGAUCAUGUUGUAGAGGUGGUAUUAACCCUUUCACUCUUAAGAUCUCAUUCAUAAUUCUCCUUACUGUCUGCCACACAAUUCUUAUGAUGUUAUUUCAGAUAAUUUUGUAUUGGAUCAACUAAUAUUGAUAUUUUUCCCUAUUCUCAUCACUUUUCUGCUUGAUAUUGUUGGUAAUGUAUGGAAAAAUUCUGUCUUGGUAACUCAUGGGAGUUAAAUGGUUAAUAACUGUUACUGACAAUAUCUCUGUGGAACAACAGGCUCGGAAGGUUUACCCACCUGCUGAUGUACUUGUCAGUCGUGGACAGGCCAGAACGACUUUGGCCAGACUGAGGGCUCUUCAAGAAGCAAGUGGUAGGGGAGACUUGUACUUGCAUUAUAAAACCUAGCAAGAGUAUAUGAAUUGAAAACAAAAAUUUUAAUUCCUAGUACUGAUGACAAAAUGUGCUGAAGAAUCCUAGUGGAAUGUAACUGGUUUUUCUUGUAAGUAUUCGGACUGAUUUACCCAGGUCAGAUGAAAUAUUUCCAAGAAAUACCAAUUACCUUCCAGUCAGAUUCCUACACACAUUAUCUGAAUAAAGUUCUAUUUGAAGCUCUACAGGUUCAAAAGGUUAUGUUUUUUUUAAUCUAUGUGUGACAAUGCUCUUAUUUCAAGGCCAAAACUUUUGCAGCACUCCUGUAUUGCCAUAGUUAAACAGUUGAAAAUUCUUGCAUAUAACUUUUCUUUACAAGAGUGUUUCGUGGAGUAGUGUUUAAAUCAUCAGCUGAAUUCUACAUGCAUUUUGAUUGGUUCUCAGUUAUGGUCUACUGGAAGACAGACAUGGGUAGAAGACAUCAUCAUCAAAAACAUUUUGUGUUGUUUUCUUAUGAAACAAAUUUAUUUCAUUUUGCUUUGGGUCUGCACAAUGAUAGAUCGCAAAAAGAAGUCAGAAUGUAUGACGCCUCUUCUUCUCUUUUGCACAUUUUGAUGUCAUCUGUAAUCCAUUACUGAAUAGAUGCAGGGUGACAUGGAAUAAUAUACUUGUUAACCUUUUAACUCCCAAGAUCAAAUUAUUAAUUCUCCCAUCAAGCUGCCACACAUUUCCUUGUAAAGUAGUUAUGAGAAUUUGGUGUUAGAUCUGGAUAACAACUUCUACCUGAUGAGUUUGAAUAUUCUCAUUAUUUAUUUGCUGGAUAAUUUAAGGAUAUUAUUGGGAGAAGUUUCAUGUUGAUCACUUCUGGGAGUGAACAGUAGACAUACUAUAGGAAGUUGUAAGUUAAAACCAAGGACUUAGUAAAUGGAAAGUUUUGCUUUGUGCCAGUUGUGAUUUUACAGUGUUACAAACACUUCUGAAAGCAAACAAAUCAUUUCUGUAUUAUUACUUUGCUUAAUUUUCAGAAAGCCUGCAUACUUCCCAACCUCUUCCUGUACCAUUCUGUUAUGUUCCAUGUCAACAACAGAUCCAGCAAUACUUCAAUAAGAAAUCAAAACAGAAAAAGCAGCCAAGUUCUGUUGUGACAUCACCUGUUGAUAGAAAGAUUUGUUUCUUCGGCUCCCAAGAGGACACAAGAGUUUCAAGUCUGGAUCAGACUGGCUGUGACAGUGUUUGGAGCCAUCUGCAUGAGGACAAAAUAUGGCAGACUGUGUUAGAGUAUUAUUAUAGCCUGUGUAAUAUAUCCAGUGACAAGAGAUCACAAGCACUGAAUGUUUAUAUUAAGAAACGAGUGAAACAGAAAAGUGAAAGGCAGGACAGCAAAAAGAGUUUGUCUUAUGCUGAGAUUGUUCAUAAGCUUGGGAUACCUACUGCAAGCCCAACACAUGCAAAAGUCUUGAAGGAAGAGUCUCCAAACACUAUGGAGAACAGAACUGAGUUGUACAAAGUGCCAUGUCCAACAACUUCUUCUUCUGCUACAAAUGGCUGUAAGUUUUUGCAAGGCAGUGGUUCACUGGAGUGUUCAUCUUCAUGUGGUCUCUCUUCCAACUUGUCUCAGAAUACUCUUCCUAUGAAUGAGACAACAGAAGAAAGUCAAAGUGAUUUAUGUCAAACAAGUUGCUGCAGCAAAAUAGAACAGCCAAGAAUGUCAGACAAUGGUCAUUUAGAUGAAAACUCAUCCUGUAAGUCUUGCUUAAAGCAAGAUGCCACCAGUCAACCAACCUUAUCAAAUGAGAGUAGAACUCCACUUUUAAAACCUGAAAGGAAGAUCCCACGGUAUUCAAAUGUUCUAAUAGAAAUGGAAAAAGCCCACAUGACUAGAUUAUUGGCCUUGCCUUCAAGCAGCUGGAACAUCAACAAUGACCUUGUUCUUGUGCACUUUUUGUGUGAAGUUCAUGAAAAAGUGAAUCAGGGAAAAUGCAAAGUAAGUUCAUUGAAAAGGCUUUGCAAGACUUGAGUUCCUUCAAUCAUUUAAUGUGAUUGCUAGGGUGAGGACAGUGUUAAAAAGGACUGUGACUGGUGACAAUAACAAAGUCAAGAAUCACCAAACCCUUUAACUCCCAUGAGUGACCAAGAGAGAAUUUCCCCUUACAAUAUCAAUACAAUAUCAACCAGAUAAGUGAUGAGAAUAAAGAAAAAUAUCAAUUUGGGGAUAAUUAGUUGAUCCAAUACUAAAUUCUCUGAACUAACCUUAUAAGAAUUGUAUGGUUGACAAGGAGAAUGACAAAUUUGAUCUGGGAGUUAAAGGGUUAAAUCUGUUGACAGCUUCCUGUCAAUUUGUUAAAGCAUCAGUCAGGGUCCUUUUCAGGUCUAGUACAAUAAUCAUGACUAACAUGGUAUGUGAACAAUUAUUACACUUAGAAUUAAACCCUUUAUUUUAUUCAACAGGGUUGGUUUAAAGUAGAUGGUGUCAUUUCCGAACUGUUUUCCAAGUCAAGUGUCAUAAACCAUCCACGACUAUCCUGUUUCUCGACUGAGAGCUUAGCUUACCGGGCCAUCGCUCUGUGUAGAGUUGCUCAAAUUCUAGACUCAGUACUGUAUCUUGUUAGCGGGCCAUCUGUCUUAAGAGAUCAGAGUUUUUCUUCUAACAAAUUCAAGCUUGAAUCCUUUACGGAUUCCUCCUUCAUGUCAUCAUGGCUGUUUUUGGAGACAGAUGGAACUCAAAGUCCCGUGUCAGAGGGGAAAGAUAGUUCUUCAGACGCUGAUAUGAAGGAAAAGGUGUGUGAUGGGCUGAAUGAAAAGAAGAAGAAAAGUCAACAGGAGGUGAAUCUUAAAAAGAUCAAUGCUUCACUUGCUUCCCUUGAAAAGUACAAGGAACAGCUAAAAGCAGUGAAGAAAAAGGUACAAUUACCAUGUUCAUUUCUGAUUGCUGUGGUAUAAAUUAUAGUAUUACUUAGAGAAUACCUAACCCUUUAAUUGCUAAGAUCUGAUUAUUAAUUCUCACUUCUAUCUGCUACACAUUUCCUUGAAAAUUGGUUACGAAAAUUAUUGGUUGUUCAAGAUAACGACUUCUUGUAAUACUCCUUGCCGACGCAGCACCACGGUUUCUUUAGAAACGCAGCAUCGUCAUUCAAUCAUCGUAUAGGUGCCCUAUCACUUUUUCAAGCAUCAGAGAAACGCAAAAAGAGCGAUCAGUUUUAGUUUCGUUUUUUUGACCUAAAUUAUUUGUUCGUUUGCUUGACAGAUCCAUUUUAUAGAAGAACAAAAGCAACUUGUCCACAGCAUCAGAGAGCAGGAGCUAUCUUCUCAGGAAACAUCUGUUGACUUGGAUAGUGUCGAUGUGAAGCUGCAGCGAAAUGAACUGUUACUGAAACAGCAGAAACAAGAACACUACAGGAGUAACUUGCUGGCUUUGUUAAGGAAACUAAAAGAAGAGGAAAAACAAUUGGCUAAGGUUUGGAUUUGGUUUAUCGCUUUAACCGAUGAUAACUACAAUAUAGCGUUUUGCAAUUGAGCGACAUCAGACCAAACCAAGUAAUCACGACGACCAAUCAGAGCAAACGAAAUAUCACCAGGAGCCAAUGAGAACAAAAUGGGAAAACAACCUUGCUGUUUGAAGCGCGGGAAAAUGAGAACGACCAAGUUGGUUUAUGAUUUGCAUCUGAUAGGUUAAGAAGGUGGCGCGAGUUUUCUGGACCAAUCAUAGAGCGAAGAAAAGCAAAACCAAUUCAAUCCCAGAUCACUUUCGACACUCAAUUGAAAAUUGCUAUCGAAAGAGGAACUCUGCUGGAGAGCUUCUCGAUUGACUGUCUUAAAACAAAACCAAAAUAAUUACAAGGAAAACCGACAAGCAAAUCGCCUGAAGGGCAGGAAAACGCGCGCAACCCCAAGUAGCGAUUGGUCGGACUUGUUGAUAGAGUGGCCCAAGAUUUACCGGAUCAAUCACAGAGAGAAGUAAAGGAAAACCGAAGCAUUCUCUGAUGGUUUGCGACGCCCAAUUGAAAUUUGUUCCAUAGCAAUCAUUGACGAUCUAAGCCGCUAACAAUUUGGUUUUUGAAUCAUCUUGUUCUUCAGUUAUACCUUAUGAGCCUCGUAUUUCUAUUUUAUUGCAGAAGAUAGAGUCUGCGUCAGAAGUUUCAAAAGAGGAGUUGAUUGAUGUUCCACAGACAAGUUCUUCCUCUUCGCUGCAAUCAGAUGCCAAACACCGGCAGCUACAUGUGGAACCGUGUCAGAAAUGGAGCGUUCGCCUGAUGAAUCAGGAAACUGACAGCAGUGAUUCUGUCCGCUAUGACUUACCAUCCUUGUUACCAAAACUGCGGUUCCUUUUGCCUCUCUGUAAUCAGCGAUGGCGGCUGGUCCAAGAGCUGUUGCACACGACAGAACUAUCCGCGCCUGAUUACAUGCCCGUGAUAUUGGUGGAUAGGAGAGUGCCGCUGAUCGAGCGUCAUGCUGACUUAAGGAGCAGUGUUUUCCAACAGGUGUACCAAGAGCUGAGAGGCGAGAAGCUUCAUUUUCGGUUAGUAACAACGUUUACGUCAAGAGAAUUUGUUUGUUCUAAUCUGGUUUAUUUAUCUGCUUUUCCCUUUUGUUCUACUGAUACAGUAAGACUUAUCGUGACUCUCAGGGCGAGAAAGAGCUGGUUUGAAUUUAUCAGAAUCGCAUUACAACGCUGACACUAACUUUAAAGCGUUUGAAAAGAGAAAGCAGGCAAAUUUUUGAGAGGGUAAUUUAGUGUUAACAACUAAGUUGAAAACGUAAAUUAGCUACCGUAAAGAGUUAAAAGGCUGACGUUUCGAGCGUUAGCCCUUCGUCAGAUCGAUGUCUUCCCAAAUUUUUGGGAAGACAGGGACAGUGCUGCAUCUCCUAAAUGUCUCUGCUUUCCACUACCUAAAGUUGACCAGCACGAUUUUCAUUUUAUUUAAAAACCACUAAAUCGUGCUAAAGGAAAUAAAAGAUGUACCUUUGAAAACAACUGUUACGUAGGCAAGUUAUAAAAAUCAAGGUUUUGCGCGGCCUCAACCUUUAACCAUUUGACUCCUAAGAGUGACUUGCAUCUCAUUCCUCCUUACAAUAUCACACCUAAAUCAAACAGCACGGUCAUAAAAAUAUAGGAAAUAAUCUAAAAUUAAAGAAGCUCUUGAUUGUUAAACAAGUUCUCCUCGUCAACACCUUAGGGAAUGUACAGAGAACAGUAUGGAGAAUAUGUAUACUGAUGUUAGGGUGUAAAAAGUUGGCUUCUGGGUUGGAGGAAAGGGACGUCUAAACGCUGGUACUUAACAAUUUGAGGGGAAUGUAUUGUAUGCCUUCCUCUUUUAAGAUAAAACAUCUUUGAGCCAACUGACAAGUUUGACUCAGUUGCAGAGGUUCAUCAAUGCGGAAAAAAAUGCGAGGAUAGAUAAUGUACCAUAACUGUUUUUAUAACCUUUAUAUUGUUGCCAUUCAUUGCAGAUGGAACAAAUGGAAGUAUGACCAGUGGUGGGAAGUGAAAUUCGUCGGUGAAGGAAUCAUUGAUCAAGGUGGAGGGUUCCGCGACUCUUUGGCUGAGCUCUCAGACGAGUUGUGCCCAGCUGAAGAACACAUAACAGAUGUGCUGCCAUAUUUGAUCAGAACUUCUAAUAAUAAGGUACAUAGAGUUAAUUACAGAGUUUUGUCAAGUCUUAUUAGUUUAAAUUAGGAAAAGGAGCAAGCUUGUCCCCAACACUGGAACAAUGCUGUUUACAUUACGAGUCGACGCCAAUAAGUGAGAGCGAAAAAGUAACAGCCUGCUCAAAAGCUUUUUCUUACCACAUUUUGGCGUCGUCUGUGAUCUAUUAAUGAACAGAAACACGGCAACACAGCAUCUAUUUGUUAGAUCUACGGGGGUCUGCGAAUAUGGCUUUUUCUGAGAGCCAUUUUGAAUGUAAGAUUGAAUUGUCGUGAUAUGUUUUGUAUGUCUGUCAUUUCUCAGGAGAAGAGGGGAGAUUUUCUCGACUGUUUCAUACCCAAUCCAUCAUGUGACUCUUUACACAUGUUCCACUGGCUUGGGGUCCUCAUGGGAGGUACGUUCCGCAGUGACGAAAGUCUCACUCUGGCGUUCCCGCCUUUUGUAUGGAAACUAAUCGUCGGUGAACACGUCACGUGGGCCAAGGACUACGUGGCUAUUGAUGAAGCCGCUGUUCAAAUCACCGGUGAGACAUGGAGAUUUUUAGGGCUCGUUUCUAUGGUCUUAAGAGAGGAUAGAUAUGAAGGGGGUGGGUUAGCAUUUGGGCCUGUGGAUAACAAUUUCGUGACCUUGGUCAAUUAAAAGGAGAUUGCCUUUCAACUAAAAGCAAAAUAAUAAAAAAAAUUAUGAAUGAACUUAUGGAGAAAUGAUGGCAAAGGCUUUUUUUCCAACGCUAAUUGUGUUUUAUUUUCUUAACAUCGUAGAUGAACUUGAAGUUCAGGACGAGGCCUCGUAUCUAAGUACGUACGGCAGCGAAUGUACCUUCUCCACUGUAGUAAGUGACGGCCGACGUGUAGAAUUGCUCCCUGGGGGAGAGGAGAGAGUGGUAAAGCCUGAAGAGAGACAGCAGUAUGCAGCUUUAGUGAGAAGGGCGCGGAUGACUGAGUUUACAAAACAGGUAUAACGAGUUUACGUUGGGAUUUUAAGACUUUGUGUAAUCACACAUCUCCAAUACGAAGCAGAAAAACACAUCCCACCAUCUCCACUCCUAUUUGUCUUAGUGCCUGUUUGAAUCAUGGUAAAUAUUCUGGGGUAACCUUUAAAUACCAAUCACAGAGAAUGGUACAGUAAAGCCAAUGCUAUCCCGGGCUGUUUUAGACAUUCGGUUAGGAAUUGCUCUGUUAAGGUUGUGACAUAAUGUGAUUCUUGUGGUGUUAUUGAUUGACAGGUUCAAGCCAUCAGGGAAGGUUUAAUGUCAGUCAUUCCUGAGUCUGUGCUUUCGCUCCUUACGUGGUCUAACCUGGAAAGGGGAGUUUGUGGAGACCGAGAAAUUUCCCUUCCACAGCUGAAAACAGCGUGUAAGUAUUACUUUUUUAAUUUUUUGAUUGAUCUGAGCGCAGUUUUUCAUACCUCCACGGUCUUUGAAAAGUAGGAGAUGAGCUAGAAAUAUAAUUUAUCGAAUCAUCAAAAAUAUCCACAUUUCUUUAUUUUUGAAAACUGAGCCUUAUGUGUGUCCAUUUAAAAAUAGCAAUACUGGCCUUGUCAAUAUGAGUAAAAAAGAUGAAAUUUCACUCGAACGUUUUACGAUGUGCAUAAAUUAUCAAGCAUAUAGACGAUGAAAGCAGAUUACUUUUUCGGAUUAAGAAUGUUACCUCGAAAUACAACACCAAAUUCUCUUCACAAACUUGCAACGAAAUGUUCUGGAUCCAUAAGGGAGAAUUAGGUGCUACAUCAUCACGAUCUCCCAGUGGGAGUUUAAUUCAGGGUUAAUUCAGCUGUUAUCUUCACCAGGUAAAUACGGUGAUGACUUGAGUGAGUCAUCAGAGUCAGUGAAGCACCUGCUUGCAGUUCUCACUCAGUUCACCUCUGAGGAGCGGAGUCGAUUCCUUCGUUUCGUGACGGGACGUAAGAGGCCUCCUGCUCCUUUUACUGUGGCUAAAGCGGGUGGGGAAAAAGACAGCCUUCCCCAUGCCUCUACCUGUGCCAGCACUCUGUUCCUUCCGGAGUACUCUUCUUCUGCUAUCGCCAAGGAAAAGCUAAGGUGAGCAACAAGGGUUUCUAAUGGGGCAUCGAUGGAGUAACGGUUACGUUAUUUUAUGACACCAGUUUUCUGAUGGAGCGUGGCUUCCACACGUUUUAAUGUGUUUCCUUGCAAAAGGGUUCCAAAAAAUCCCUAACUCUUCUCAAAAAGCUCAUGACCUUAUUUUCUUUUUUGACUUAAAAGGCUACCAACGUGGUUUUAAUAGCUUUAUGUGCCUGUGACUCCCUAACAAUUUUGGUGAUCCGUACUCAUAUCAUUAAAUUGCAAUGAGGGUAUAGAGACUCAUCUUUCUGUUAAGUAUUAGUAAUAAAAUCUGUUCAUAUGGUUUAGAGCCACCUUGAUAUUUUCAUUCUCUAAGGUGGCUUUGAACCAUAUCCAUAGAUUUUGCAGAAAGGUCUCUACAUCUGCAAGUUUUCAAACUUGGACGAUCAUUCCAUACAACAUGGUGGAAACAUGGUCCAAGUGGCCCACAGCGUGAUAAUUAUUUGAUUUUUAAUGUAUGUUUUGUAAUUCAUUCAGCUAUGCCAUCUCCAAUUGUGUGGCCAUUGACACUGAUACGAGCCCUUGGUGAACCCUCGAAUUGCAAAUGUGAAGGGGAAAAACAGAAAUGUCGGGCAGUCUGCCCGAAUAUGAGAGCCACGUUUAAUAGGUGUGAGGAGGUCCGACCGACUGCGUAGCUGUUGAUAUUUGAACAAUGUUCGUUAGAGGAAGAAGGAGCUGUAUUCGUAAUGAAAUUUUGUCAAUGUGGUGUUAUUUAAGAAGUUAAAUUUACAUUUCUCGACAAACAAUGCUUCAGGAGAGAGAUAGAUUUCGUCCCUCUCGCAGUAGUUGCUUGUACCUACUGCAUAAGAGUGCGAAGCUGUAACAUCUCUGAUGAGCUGCCUGGUUGCUAAGCAAUAUUCAAAAUGGCGGCAUCCAUAGUUGGAGAUGUUGCAUGAUUGAAGAUUACUUUCUAAAAGUUAGGUUGCUCUUUGGAAUCUCACAGCACAGUCGGCGACUAAAAUUCACACAUCCUUUUUAAUGGCGGGUAAAAAUCGUGUUUUCUGGAGUAUACUAGUCUAUUGAGAAGGGACAGUUUCUUUCAACAUGGUUUUUCCUAGCUAUGGUAUUUAAGUAAACGACUCAAGAAAUAGAAAAAAAAUUAACAAUUGUUUGAGUGAAGUCAGUUCCUCAAACUUUGCUCAAUUUCAUCCUAUCUAAUGGGAAUCUUUUCAUUCAUGAUAACGCAGUGCCGCAGUAUUAUUCUCGAAUAACUACUAUUUGAUUGGCAUAGGAACGAUGGGAUCCUGUUAAUGAAUAGCAUUAUUUUAUAGGUUUUUGUUUUUGGCGGUGUAUUUUGGGGUAAGGGAUUGAAGUGAAACACUUUUGUGAAAAAAGAUAAACUCAGACUUUUCUUACAAUUCUGUGCAAGAAAUGAUCAAGAUUUCGAGAACUUCCUCAAAUUUUUAUACUUUAUUGGAUCUUAAAGGAGUUGCCACGCAAUAACGAUCCAGGCUAGAAAUUCUUUUCACGUUUCCUUGAAAUACUAGAGGCGCCUACAGUUCUUGAUAUUGACCCUAUUUAAAAGGGAACUUGACUUAGAAUACUUUCGAGAAGGAAGUUUUGAUUCCCGAAGGUUUUCGCGCAAUUUUUUCGAGACAAUCAAAGACUUGUUAAAUAUUGAUACAUUCAUGUUUGGUUAGUGGUGUCUCUGUAGCAUUUGCUGCUGGAAAUUGUUAUAUGCACCUAAAAUAAAUUCUACAUUAUUUAUGCAAUUUUGAUCUAUAGUCAUUAAAAUCAGCGUUUAGUACUGCAGGCUCACUCAAAGCUUGCCACGUAAAAUUUAAGUCAAAUUAGUAAUAUUCGAAAGUUAUAAGAAAAAAAUAUGUUUACAAGUACAAGGAAUACAAUGUUAAAGUGCUUAAAUGUAUUUUUGGUGCGCAUGC